AUCGUCUUGAUGAAUUCAUUAUUCGCCCAACCAACCAGUAUCUUAAGAGUUGACUUGCUUUGGUAUUUUUUUUUAUUAUAUAACAACCAGUUUGGUUGCCCUCGCCGAUCAGUCCCACUCCAGCAAUGUAAAUCGCUUCUGAAUAUUUAAUAUUAUAUUAUUUAUUAGUCCACUUAGUCUCACCAACUGAUUCGUUUCAUACUCACCCAUAGAUCUCGCGGUUUCUUAAUUUUAAUUUUAUUUUUUAUUAAUCAUGAACGCUCUUAAAACACUUUUAAGAAAACAACCACAAAAAUGGAUAAAAAAAAGAAAAUUCCAUAUGACCGCAUCUGUAUUAGACCAUACCCGAGGACCUUUGACCCAAUUCACAGAGGACGAAGUAAUGAUGAAAGAGACUGUCGCUAAAUUGGCUAAGGAGCAAAUAGGACCGCUGGUUAAGAAAAUGGAAAAAGAAGGAAAGAUUGAUGACGGGGUUCUGAAGCAAUUAUUUGAUAAUGGACUAAUGGGACUAGAAAUAUCAUCGGAUUACGGUGGUAGUAGUUGCAAUUUCAUGACAACAAUUCUAGCAGUUGAAGAACUGGCCAAAGUUGAUGGAUCAGUAGCUGCAUUGGUUGACAUCCACAACACACUAGUUAAUUCACUGAUAAUAAAAGUAGGAAAUGAAGAGCAGAAAGCUAAAUACUUGCCUAAAUUAGCCCAGGAAUUUCCGGGAAGUUUUUGUCUGACCGAACCAGGAGCUGGCUCAGACGCGUUUUCACUGAAAACAGAAGCAAAAAAAGACGGUGAUCAUUACAUAAUUAACGGCACGAAGAUGUGGAUUUCAAACUCUGAUCUUGCUGGAGUAUUCUUAGUUUUCGCAAACGCGAAUCCGUCGGAUGGAUAUCGUGGAAUUACGACAUUUUUCGUGGAUCGCAGCAUGCCAGGCGUAUCCGUAGGUAAACCAGAAGACAAAUUAGGAAUAAAAGCCUCAGGAACGUGUAUGGUGCACUUUGAGAACGUUCGAGUACCUGCGGAGAAUAUUUUAGGACAAUUUGGGCAUGGUUAUAAAUACGCAGCGGGUUUUUUAAACGAAGGACGUAUCGGUAUUGGCGCUCAAAUGAUUGGUAUUGCUCAAGGAUGUCUUGAUGCAACUAUUCCGUACACUCUUGAACGUAAACAGUUUGGAAGUGAUAUUUUCUCAUUUCAAUCGAUGCAACAUCAAAUAGCCCAAGUAGUAACAGAUUUAGAAGCUGCAAGAUUAUUGGUUUAUAAUGCAGCAAGAAUGGUUGAAGCUAAACAAGAUUUCGUGAAAGAAGCUGCGAUGGCUAAACUUGUUGCUUCAGAAACUGCAUUAAAAGUAACAGCCAAGUGUAUAGACUUCAUGGGCGGUGUAGGUUUCACAACUGAUUUUCCGCAAGAAAAAUACUUCCGUGACUGUAAAAUCGGGACAAUUUAUGAAGGAACAAGCAAUAUGCAAUUAUCAACAAUUGCUAAACAGAUCCGCAAAGCAUACUCAUAAAAAGGUCGAUGCUAAAAAAAUGAAUGAUUUAAAUAAUUAUUAAUUAUAAAAUAUAAAAUGCAUUUUGUAUCUCAUAUAAUAGUAUAAUACGUAAAAAUUUAUUGCAAUCUACAUACUAUUUUCUUUAUACACAUAAUAAAACUGCAUUUGAAUAAUAAA